AUGCCGCAAUACAACUACUCUGACAUCAAAUUUCAGAUCAAAGGGAAGGUCGGCAUCAUCCAGUUCAAUCGGCCUAAAUCUCUCAAUUCAUUCGGCGGACGUCUCAUCAUUGAUACCAUCCAUGCCCUUCGUGUUCUCGACAACCAUCCCGACACAGUCUUUACAGUUGUAACGGCUGCUGGACGAUUCUUUUCAUCAGGGGCCGACGUGAAAGCCGAGUCGGAGCGAGGCGGCCAGUUCUAUCAUUCUGACGCGGAGAAGAAACUCGCCAUUGUCAAUCAGAUCAGCGGAAACACUCAACUGGUCAGCUCGUUAAUCCUUCACCGCAAAGUACUCGUGCUUGCGAUGAACGGGCCAGCUGUCGGCGGAGGUGCUGCAUGGUUUCAAGGCGUGGCAGACAUUGUACUUGCAUCGACCACAACGUGGCUCCAAUGUCCAUUCUCUGCUCUGGCACUUGUUCCUGAGUUUGGGUCGGCAGGGAGCUUCCCACAGAGUAUCGGAGUUCAUCGUGCCAACGAUAUUCUCAUGCUUGGUCGAAAGAUUGCUGUGGAUGAACUCUUGCAGUGGGGUAUGGUGAACCGCGUUUUCGAGCACGAAGGGUUUCAUGACAAGGUCGUUCAGUACUUGCAGGAACAACUCGAUGUCAACGAUGGGAAAUCAAUGCUUGAAGCCAAGAGAUUGAUGAAUGUUCCGCUGCAGAGAGGGAGGCUGGCUUCUCUGUAUGAAGCAGUCGACGCUGUAGCAGAGAGAUUUGUGGAAGACGCUCCAAUCCAGCGGUUCGCGGAGAAGAGUCGAUUAUUGGAAGUGCAUGGCGUCAAUCCAGCGAAUGGAAAGCCCAAUCCCGAGGUCCCAGUUUCAACACCACAAGAUGUCGACAGCGCGGUAGCAGCUGCAAAGGAGGCUUCCAAGACAUGGGCAAAGGUUCCAUGGGCUGAUCGAAAGAAGGCCGUCCUCGGCUACGCCGAUGCUCUUGAGCAGCACGCCAGCGACUUUGCCAAAUUGCUGACUCAGGAGCAGGGUAAGCCGAUUGCAACUGCAGAGCUAGAAGUUCAGGUCGGCGUACAAUGGCUACGUGAGCUCGCGAAGAUUGAGUUGUCGGAGGAAAUCGUUCAGGAGGACAAUGAAAAACAAGUGAUCGUUCGCUAUACGCCCCUUGGUGUGUCUGUCGGCAUUGUACCCUGGAACUUCCCAAUUCACCUUGCUUGCGGAAAGAUCGCGCCGUCGCUGCUCACUGGCAACCCUAUUAUCAUCAAACCAUCCCCAUUUACCCCUUAUUGCGAUCUCAAACUGGGAGAGUUGGGUCGGAGCUUCUUUCCCCCUGGCGUACUGCAAGUCCUGAGCGGUGAUGAUAACCUUGGUCCGUGGCUCACUGCGCAUCCCGGGCCCGACAAGAUCAGCUUUACAGGAUCUUCUGCCACCGGGAAAUUGGUCAUGGCUAGCGCAGCGAAAACACUGAAGCGAGUUACUCUUGAACUGGGAGGAAACGAUCCGGCGAUUGUCACAAAGAACGUUGACGUUAAAGCUGCUGCUGCCAAGGUUGGUGGUCUGGCGUUCUUCAAUUCCGGUCAAGUCUGCUUGGCCAUCAAGCGAAUUUAUGUUCAUCAAUCGAUCUAUGAUGAGUUCCGCCAGGCCCUCGUGGACUUUACCAAAACGCUCAAGAUUGGGGACGGGAACGAAGAAGGCAUUUCUCUGGGCCCCGUUCAGAAUUCGAUGCAGUUCGAAAAGGUCAAAACGUUCUUUUCAGACAUUGAGAAGGAGAAGUGGAACAUCGCAGUGGGUGGUGUCAACGAAGAGAAACCCGGCUUUUUCAUUACUCCGACGAUCAUUGAUAAGCCUGCAGAGGAUUCCCGUAUAGUGACUGAAGAGCCAUUUGGUCCCAUUGUCCCCUUGCUUGAAUGGAACGAUGAAGCAGAUGUCAUUGCGCGCGCCAAUAACACGAAGUUGGGCUUGGGUGCUUCAGUCUGGUCGAAUGAUAUGGAAGAAGCUGGCCGCAUUGCCCGCAAGUUGGAUGCCGGCAGUGUCUGGGUCAACACCCAUAUCGAGCUGGAUCCUCACGCCCCAUUCGGCGGGCACAAGGAGAGUGGUAUCGGAUAUGAAUGGGGUGUUGGUGGUCUGCGAGCAUAUUGUAACCUCCAGACCUUGUUUUUGAAGAAGAGUGCAUCCGAGUUGUAG